CAUUUAUAUAUAUGCAUAUAAACAAUCUCUCUCAUCUUUCUCUCCCAUUUAAAAGAUUCCCUUAAACCUAAAUUAACCAAUAUAUAUAUAUAUAUAAAGUUUUAUACAUAUUAUCAUAUAUGGCUAACUCAUCAUCAUCAAACUCUUCCUCCUUAAGAAUUAUAGUUGAGAAUAACCCAUCUGAAGCCAAGCUUUCUGAGUUGAAUAUCAAGUGUUGGCCCAAAUGGGGUUGUUCUCCUGGAAAAUACCAAUUGAAAUUUGAUGCUGAAGAAACAUGUUAUUUGGUAAGAGGGAAAGUGAAGGCAUAUCUAAAAGGGUCAAAAUCGAAAUCAGAAUCAGAAUCAGAAUCAGAAUUUUCGGUUGAAUUUGGAGCUGGAGACCUUGUUGUAAUACCAAAAGGAUUAAGUUGCACUUGGGAUGUUUCUGUUGCAGUUGAUAAAUAUUACAAAUUUGAAUCUUCUUCUUCUUCUUCAUCUUCAUAGUAUACAUAUUAUUAAUUAUUAUAAAUUAUCAAAUAUAAAUUUUAAUAUUUGUUUUUAUUUUUGUGGAUAUUAUUAUGUUUUGUGUGUGUGUAGCUAGAAGAUAGUGAUACCUUAUGCGGUAGCAUUUUUAUUUUAGUAGUCAAAGAGAGAGAAAAAGCAUUAGUAGUCAAUA